AUGGCAAUCACUGUGGAUGUGGCGCGCCUGGACGGCUCCGUGGUGCAGAAGGUGUUGCCUGCGGAGGAGACCGUGCUGGGCCUCAAGAGAUUGCUGGCAAACGAUGCAGGCAUCUCUACGGCCCAAUUUCGACUGCUCCUGCAUGACAAAGCCUUACGAAACGAGCUGCGCCUCUCAGACCUUGCAACCGACGACAACCUGCCCCUGCAGUUUGUGUACACGCCCGUUUCGCGAACAGGAGAGACUGUUGGUUUUGUGGAGGCAGAAUCCCACGCCGACUCGUGGGCGCUUGCUAUUCAGUCCGUACUCCGGGGGCUGGAGGCCCAAGGCGUGGAACAGGGCCAGGUUCUCUGGAUCGACCUCCACGCCGUGCAGGACGUGGAGGUGGCCUGCGCCUACUUCUGCACCGAGCUGCCCGGGCGGGGUGAGCUCCAAGUGGCCUUCGAGGUCAAGUCAGGCACUGAUAUGGAAGAGCUGCACAAGUGGGCGUGCUCACGAGCGAGUGGCCGAGAGAUCAUUUCCAUCACGAUGAGUUCCUCGAGCGUGCCCCAGCAUCCGCUGACCAUUGCGAUCUUCUAUUACGUGGGAGAGCUGUCACAGGCGGAGGACGUCCGAUACAUUUCGGUCGGCGGCGGCGCCUGGGAGUUUGCAGCCAGCAAGCUGGUUCUGGCAAUGCACCGCGCGGGUGUCCAGCAUGAGCAGCUCCUGGCUGUCGAUGCUCACAAUGUGCAUCCGGACCGUGAUGCCAUGUUCUGUGCCUACUACGCAGCUGAUCGAAAAGGCUCCCGGCCGGUGGCGCUUGAUUGGAAAGGGUUCAAUGCGCAACGUCCUUGGCAUCAGCACCACCAAGAUGGCUGUUCUGCUUCGCAAGGCAAGGAGGUCAUGUCCAUCACUGCGUCCUGCAACUGCGCAGGCCGCACCGUGCAAUUUGCGUUCUGGCACGUGCUCGACGACCUCCCAGAGAAGUUCCACGUGGAGAUGGCCGGUGAUGCGUGGGAAGAGGCUGCUGACCAACUCAUCGAGUUGUUGCGUGGAGCCGGCGUGCAGCAGGGGCAGGUCAUGUCUAUCGAUGCUCACAACAAGGGGGCGGGCACCGCUGCCUUUCUGCUGGCCGUCGUCCGACGGAGCCGGCCUGGCCGUGGGCCUCUCAACCUCAGCUGCGAAGUGCACCGCGAUCUUCGCUUCGGCUGGGAUGUUCUCUACCAGCUCGCCGACCAGGCUGCAGUCGGCAAGGAGGUUGUGUCCGUGACGGGCUGCAGCUCCGGCACCGGGAGCCAAGCCCUGCUUGUCUUCCUGGCUGGGCCUCGACCUGAGAUCACAGCGGUGGAACAUGUGGCAAGUGCUGCCGGAAGCUGGAAUGGUGCCGCCGACCAGCUGCUGCAUCUGCUCCGAGAUCGAGGAGUGCAAAAAGGCCAGCUACUAUGUGUGGACGCCCACAACACGGAGCCCAAUGCAGCAGCAAGGUUCAGUGCGCAUUUCUCGAGAUCACUUCCUGGCGAGGGCCCAUUGCAACUUACCUACAGAUGCUUUAUAGACUCUUCGACCUCAAACUUCCGAAGCCCGUACAGCCCAGCUUUUACCGAGAUGGGCCUUUUGAAGGCCUCCCUGAGGGCCGCCAAGGGUGCCUUGAAGCGACCUGAUGACAGCUUCCUAAGGUCUCCCAACGGGAAGACGAGUCAAGGCGGGAAUGGCCUGAAAUGCAUCUACAAGGAGACCUGGUGGCAACCAAGAGCUGUGACAUCCCAUGUCCCACAGCACUUCCACCAUCGUCCACCGAGGUUAGAACGGCCAGACACUCCAGGGUCAGUGCCUGUCUGGUCGCUGGACAUCGUUGGAGGUGAGGCUACUGUGCCUUCGGCACUACUGGCGCUACCGGCACCGGCCCCGACGGACGAAGCGACUGUCAGUGGCAAGCCGCAUGAAGCCCUGAUGGACAUGCUGAAGACGGUACACAAGGCAUCCCAGUCGAUGAAACAGACAGUGGGAGCCGACUGCCCAGUCUUCCAGGAGGCCUGUCCUUUCAAGAACUGCAUCACGUCCAGUGGCACCCCCUUGGCUGCGGAGUUGGAGUGGCGCUCCUGGGGGCUGUGGAUCGGUGAGGAGCAGGCACAACUAGCUGAAGUGCAAGAUGAAGGAUUAGCCUGCAAGCUGAAAGAAGGCACCAAAGAGGCGCACCAGGCCGCCGAGACGGUACAUUUCGUCAAGGAAUUCGUGCGGGGAAGGGUGUCGCGGCAGAUCUACGCUCAGUUCGUGGUGAACCUCUACCACAUCUACAGUGCGCUCGAGGAGGCUUUAGAGGCCAAUGCCGAGCACCCGCUGAUCGAGAGUCUACACUUCCCAGAAGAGCUGGAGAGGACCGCAGCGCUCAAGCAGGAUGCAGCAUUCUUCCUUGGGGAGAGCCUUGACAUGCAAGAGCACCUGACACCUGACUAUCCGCCUUGA